CCAUCUGGACACCCUGAACCUCAGGUGACCUGGAAGAAAGAUGGAGUCACCUUGGAUUUAGGAGGUGACCGGUACUUGGUCACCAGCGGGAAGUUACGGGUGACACCAGCACUACGGAAUGAUUCCGGGCUCUACGUCUGCGUGGCCACCAACGAGGCGGGCGAGAGGGAGAGUCGUGGUGCACACGUCACCAUCUUGGAGAAGCCAACCAUCGUGCGGCACCCGAGUGAUGUGGUGGUGGUGGCCGGUGGCACGGUGGAGUUGAGCUGUGGUGUCCAAGGUGACCCAACGCCACAGGUGCAGUGGCACAAGGAGAGUGGGGACCUGCCCUGGGGGAGGCAUGAGGUGGACCAGGAGCACACGUUGCGUCUCCACGUGGUGACACCUGCCGACACCGGCACUUACGUGUGUACGGCGCAGAGUCAGCUGGGCACCGCCGCUGCCACCGCCCAUCUCCACGUGGAGGAGCGGCUGCCGACAGGCCGGAGAGAAUCUGGACCAUGGGACCUUCUGGCCAUCAAGUUACACCUGGACAACGGCACCGCACUGCCCACUGCUGCCGUCCGGCUCCGCUGGAGGAUGUUGACACCAGCACUGGUGCCGGAUGGUUACAUGGUGCUCUACCGUUGUCUUCUCCCCACCUGCACCUCCUGGGUCCAACAUGACGCGGGCAAGGACCUCAGCACCACCAUCUCCAUGCUACACAGGGGCUACACCUACGAGUUCAAGGUCCGACCCUACGUUGGAGGAACCCAGGGCUUGGACAGCAACAGUAGACACCUCUGGAUACCAGAAGAAGCACCAAGCGCAGCACCUCAACGUGUCACCGUGGGCCAUGUUGAGAAGGGGAACGGCACCGUGGUUGUCAGUUGGGAGCCACCUCCUCCUGAGGCCCACAAUGGCAUCCUUCAGGGCUACAAGGUCUGGUCAAUGGGUGAGGGCUGGCAGCACCCCACCAACAGGACAGUAGAUGGAAGGACCCACCACCUGGAAACCCACCUCCCAAACCCUGGGACCGAAUUCUGCGUCCAAGUGGCGGCUUUCAACAGCGCAGGGCUGGGUGUCCCCAGCAACAUCACCUGCCACCUCCUGGAGGUGACAGCGGGGAGCAGCGGCGUGGCCCGGGUCCUGCGGCAGCCUGCUGUCAUCGCGGCCACCGGUUCCUUGCUCUGGUUGACCUUCUUGGUCAUCCUACUCCUCCUCUGCCAGCGCCGAGCCAACCAGGAGGCCACGGCCCACCGGAGGUUGGUGGCCCAUGAGUCACCGUGGCUUGGUGGCACCUGGAAACCCACCU